AUGUCUUGUUACGACGACAUACCCACAGAAAUACAAAUCGAGAUCAUCACAAGACUUGAUCCCAAAUCAUUGAUUCGAUUCUCAUGCGUCUCAAAACAAUUGAAUUCUUUGAUCCACAGCUCUAAGUUUGUCAAAGAUUAUACUCGUAAUAGUCGUCUCAUCCAGCAGCAACAGCAACAACGACGUUUGUUUCUUGUUGAAAAAAGAAAAGAAGGAACAAAUAUCGCAGGCUAUCGUUCGUUUGCGGAUGAUGAUUUCCCACAAAACGAGCCUGUUCCGUUGUUUCUUCCAGACUCCAUUAGCGGACUUAAGGUUUUAAAAGUAUGCGGUAGCUCUCAUGGCUUGCUAUGCUUGCUUGGUACUUACGACAAGGACUACAUGUUCGCAAAUAAGGCCGUUAUAUGGAAUCCUAUGAUAAGAAAGUCGGUUUGUAUUGAUUUGCCCAAGUUGUACCAAUAUUCUAGUGUGGGUUUUGGUGUAUGUCCUAAAACGUGUGACCCCAAGAUAGUUAGGAUCGAUCGAAUUGAGGACGAUGACUCGGACAAAUAUGAAGAUCCAGAGGCAGCAGGUUGCACGAAUUGGAAAAUCAUGGUUUUUAGAUUAAGUUCCGGGGAGUGGAGGACAAUUCCUCCGCCUCCUAAAUGGUUAGAUCUUAACAACGGUAUAUAUGAUGAUCCGGCAGUUGCAGAUGGAUUUAUCUAUUGGCUUGCCUGUGAAAAAUCAUUCAAUCAACCCGACAAACAGACACUUGUUUCAUUCGAUUUGACAACCGAGGUACUCAAGCAAGUAAGCCUCCAGGUUCCAGCUGAUCAUCAGUUAUCUGGCCGUAAAAUAGUAGAUAUUUUUAAUUUUAGGGAGUCUCUCGCUAUUAUGUUUAAAGGGGAACGUCAGCCUAACUACCUUAGACUUGAACUUGAAAAUCCUUCGCAAUCCUUCAUGGAGGUCUUCAAUUCUUUGAUAGCGAUCAUUUAG